AUGAUUGUGCUCCUGCUGACCGUGCUGAUGGUUCCCCGUGUUGGGGCCCAUGCUCUGGACACCCCACACUUUCCCCAGGCGUUGCCUCCAGGACUCUCAAAACAUAUCAAUACCACAUUCAUCAAUGGAAUGUUUAAAAAUGAGGAAAGUGUGGCUGAAAUGUUUGACUGCCUGGGCCCCCGCUUCACCUGGCUGCAGGCCGUCUUCACCAACUUCCCUCUGCUGCUCCAAUUUGUGCAUGGAAUGAAGUGCGUUGCUGAUCUCUGUCCUCGGGACUUUGAAGACUAUGGCUGCGCCUGCAGGUUUGAGAUGGAUGGACUCCCGAUGGAUGAGACGGACAGCUGCUGCUUCCAGCACCGCAGGUGCUACGAGGAAGCCUCUGAGCAGGACUGCCUCCAGGACCCCUCCAGGCUCAGCGCAAAAGUCGACUGCAUCAGCAAGAAGGUCACAUGUGAGUCUGCAGACCCUUGCAGUCACUUGCUGUGCACCUGUGACAAGGCUGCCCUUGAGUGCCUGGCUCAGUCUGGCGUCAACUCCUCCCUGAACCUUGUGGACACCUCCUCAUGCCUGGUUCAGACUCCAGAGACGAGCAGCAGGAAAGACACCACAGCUCUGCUGCCUGGAGUGGCUCCUGCAGAACCCACAGAUGCCAGCCUGAUAGCCGUCUCAGGAAAAGUGGCUCCUGAGACCAGAGGCGGAAGACUGGUCAUUCUCUUGAGGAUAAAGCCAGGCCAAGAUCGGGAAGGCACGGAGGCCGCUAGGGCCACGCCCCCUCCAGGAUCUGCAGAGGUUGCUACAGCCAAAGAGGCCACCCUCAUCCCUGCGGGCCUUAAAUCCUCGGGGCUGGCGGUGCCAUCCUCUGCAAGUGGACCUGAGGAGGCAACUAGAAAAGUCUGUGACAGACUCACCUUCCUGCACCUGGGGAGCGAGGACAACACGCAGAUGAUGCUGCCACUUGGGGAGAUGCUCUUCUGUCUGACGACCCGGUGUCCGGAGGAAUUUGAAUCUUAUGGCUGUUACUGUGGACGAGAAGGAAGAGGCGAGCCCAGGGAUGCCCUGGACAGGUGCUGUGUGUCCCACCACUGCUGCCUGGGGCGCGUGAGGCGGCUGGGCUGCGUGCUGGAGAGGCUUCCUCCGUCACCGGUGGUGUGCGAGGACCACAAGGUCAAGUGUGUGGGGCAGAGCCUGUGCCAGAAGCUUCUAUGUGCCUGUGACCAGACGGCAGCCGAGUGCAUGGCCUCCGCCUCCUUCAACCAGAGCCUCAAGUCACCAAGCGGACAGGAGUGCCAGGGCAGGCAGAUGUCCUGUGAGGACAGCACGCUCGGAGGGUGCUCUACUGCUUCUGUCAGCUCUAGCUCCGAGGAGAACAGCGAGGAGGCAGCACCUGGCACAGAGAGCCUCAAAAGAACCAGAAGAUUUCUGGGGAAGGUACUUGGUCCCUUGGGGACCAGGCCACACCACAGCAGAUAG